AAAAAAAAAAUCAAAAACGGAAGAAUGUGACGGGACACUGUGGAUAGGUUCAGAAAGUCUGGUGAUGAAAAGGUAGAAGACACAGAAUUCCGUCCAAACAGAAAUAGAGUUUUAUACAGAGGAUUUUGGAAGAGGCACUGCGGAGAGAACCAGAUAAUCGGAGACCACGGAGAUUAAAUUGACUCAUCUUUCUGUUUCAGGCCUAUCAAAGUGAUUGUUAAAUUAGUUUCAUUCGAGAGCAAGAUCGGAUAUAAUAGAUUGUGUUCGUGGUUCUGUGACUUCAUCUGUGAGCAUAACGUCCUUAUGACUUCGUCUGUGCAUGAUCUUUCUGAGAAUAGUGAAACUGACGAGCAGCAAAAAUGCUCAGAAACUCAGAUUGAGUCUUCAUCUCCUACACCUGGACUGGUGCACCCUGCAAUCACAAACACAAAUGUUCAGUAUGCUACAACUCCGCAACUUGGAGCAGGACAGCCUAUGGCACCAACCACUUAUCCAUAUCCGGAUCCCUACUAUAGAAGCAUUUUUGCACCCUAUGAUUCGCAGCCAUUGUAUCCUCUACAGUCUUAUGGUGGACAACCAAUGGUUCAUUUUCAGUUAAUGGGAAUUCAGCAGGCCGGAGUUCCAUUGCCAUCAGAUGCUGUUGAGGAGCCUGUUUUUGUAAAUGCAAAACAAUAUCAUGGUAUCUUGAGGCGUCGACAAUCCCGUGCAAAAGCUGAAUCAGAAAAUAAAGUUAUAAAGUCUCGUAAGCCAUACUUGCAUGAAUCUCGACAUUUGCACGCUGUAAAAAGAGCUAGAGGAUGUGGUGGUCGGUUCCUGAAUGUAAAGAAGUCUGAGGACCAACAAACAGAGGCAGCAUCAGGUGACAAGUCACAACCCAGUAUCAACCUUAACUCUGAGAAAAGUGCUAUUGCUUCUUCAGAUGCCACAUCUUGAUAGAUUGUGACACAGUAAAGCAAAAUCAAAGCACUGGUCCUGCAAAAUAGUUGUUAUUAAAAGUUGCUACCAAGGAAGCCAAAGUGUUUUUUUUUUUUUGGUCAACUUCAGUAUUCUUAGUCUGCUUCUUGACGGCGCUAGUUUACAGUUCAGUCUUGUGAAUAUUUAUCCAUUAGGUGGUUUGGAUGGAAAUUGCUAAAGAUGAAAUAAGCAAUGACAUUGCAGCCCAGUCGCGUCAUCUUUGUCUUGGUGGGCCGUUGUAGCAAUGCCCCAAUUUCGAUGUUGUGACUGAGCUGCUGAGGUUAAAGAAUUUUUAGCUAGACAUUGUAUUCAAAUUUGUAACCUUGUAAAUUGGUUGGGGGGUGUCACUUUUCUUGAACGUUGCUAUGUAGCAUAUGUGAUAUGUCCCUUCAUUACCCAGUGCUCGAGACUCCUCGUAUAAAAAAUGUGUUUGAUGAUUAUACCGGUGCAAACUGUAAUAUUAACUUGUGUUUUUGAUGAAAUGGUAUCCCCAAGUUGAAUGGGAACUGCGAUGAUGUAUGUCUAAAUAUUA